GCAAUUUUAGAUAUGCCAUUUCAUUUUAUCAACAAUGAUGAUGUCCUCAAUGAUGGCGUGAAAAAGCAGAUCCGCAGCUAUGCAGCUGUAGGAAGGAACAAGGGCAGAAAGAUCUCGCGUAGAUCCAGGAAAGAUGUGUCCACGUUGGCUGCAACAACGCCAUUCCGUAUCCCUUUGACCUUGGUGGAGGAACUUCCGGCUGAAAGGCACGACAGUAAUGAAGUAAUUGAGCGGCCAGUCGGUGAUGGGCUUUUUUUUCCUGGUCUCUUACCAGGUGAAUCCAAUGGUGUUGUGAAGAAAGUAAUCUCAUUCAUGAGCGCAAUGCGCUUCCCAUAUGAAUUAAACCACGGUCUUGAUUACGGAGGCCUUGGCGCCCCUUUAUGUGUCCAGAACAUGUUUAUUGAUGAAGCCUGUUUUCACUCUACGAUGGCUAUGGCCCUACUUUGCAUGGAUAAUAUUGUGAGCCAGCCAGGGGACAAGGUGCUGGUACUGCGUCAUGCAUCAAACACAGUCCGACUAGUGAAUCAGAAACUGUCUCUAAAUCGUGCAGUUAAUGACCUAACUAUUGCGGCAGUGGUCAGCAUGGCCCAGUAUGAGUAUCGCCAGAAUAAGCUCCAACAAGGUUCUGCUCAUGUCCAGGGUUUGUGGCAGAUUGUGCAGUUGAGAGGUUGUUUGUCCAACCCAAUAUCAAGCACGGCUGGCUUGGUACAGAAGAUAUUACGGAUCGAUCUUGAGUAUGCAUUGCAAUUAGGCUCGCCAACUUUAUUCAGUCUUGAAGAAGUCGAAAUGGCAUGCAAGCCCGUAGCACAUUUUCCCAGCUUGAGGCUACCAUCAGACCCAUCGAACUAUCCUCAAACCUUGGAACCAUACACGUUGAAGGCAUUGCCAGCCAAGGAUCGAGAUUUAUUUAUUGACGUAUUGCUUCUUGCCUCGCUACUUAAUAAGGCCAUUGCCGGUGUUGCGCCGAAAUUACAUGCCGUUGAGUUGGACCAAGAUAUGAUUCUACUUGGCUACCGCCUACUCAGGCUUAAACCCCUAGGUUUGCCUCCUGGGACCUCGCGGCUUCAACACAGAGUUCAUUUGGGAAUGGCUGCCUUCUUGAUGACCUUCCUACAUGGCUGGGAUGGUUCGGUUACCCAGAACGAUGCUUUGGUUGGGUUGCUACUUUCGGAGGUUCAGCGGCCUUUCAACAGUGACGAGAAUGAUUUAGAGACCUUUCUUUGGCUGCUUUUUAUAGGAGCAGCCUCUUUAAGUCUAUGGAAGCAUCCUAAGUGGAUCUCAAUAACAAAGGACAUACUGCAGGGUUUGAAAGUUAAGAGAUGGGAAGACGUCAAGGAGCUCCUCGCUAGGUACCCAUGGGUUAAUGCUGUUCAUGAUCCAGCAGGCCAGGAGCUGUGGCAUGGUUCUAAUGAUGGCAAUUGCAGUGGUUUAUGCGAAGUUUGUGAUCCUUAAUAGCAAAAUAUCAAAUGCCUCACCAGAAAUAAAUGACCGAGGUACGAGUUUGCGCGGCUGAUUCUGGGGCUAUAGAUGAGCAUAUAUGUAUCAGUGGGGGCAGUGACUAUCUAACCAGGGCUUGCUUCCUGAAUCAGUAUUAUAAAAGUAAGACCCU